AUGGCGACUGCGACUCGAGUAACCGCGGACGUCGCCGCCAUCGAGGAGUCGGUGAGCGCGCCCGACGGCACGCUCAAGCUGCUCGUGCGCCUCGCCGACGGCGCGGACGUCGAGGCCGUCGUCAUCCCGCCGUCGGGCGGCCCCGCGAAGAACGCGCGCGCCAAGUCGACGGUCUGCGUGUCGUCGCAGGUCGGCUGCCGCCAGGCCUGCGCCUUCUGCGCCACGGGCAAGAUGGGCCUCGCGCGGAGCCUGAGCGGCGUCGAGAUCCUCGCGCAAAUCGCCCUCGCGACGGCCGCGGCGCGGGCCGCGCGGCUGCCGGUGCCGAGGAACGUCGUGUUCAUGGGCAUGGGCGAGCCCGGCGACAACGUCGGGGCCGUGCGCGACGCCGUGGCGGCGCUCGUCGACGGCGCGCGCUUCGCCUACGGCCGGGACCGCGUGACCGUGUCGACGGUGGGCCCGGCGCCGGGCGUCUUCGCCGAGCUCUUCGGCUACGCCGACGCGCCGGCCGUCGCCUGGUCGCUCCACAGCGCCGACGAGGAGCUGCGACGGACGCUCGUGCCGACGGCGAAGCACUCGGCCGCGGAGCUCCGCGACGGGCUGGUCCGCGCGCUGGAGGCGCGGCCGGAGAAGCGGCGCAAGGCCGUCCUCGAGGUCGUGCUCAUCGCGGGCGUCAACGACGGGCCGGGCGACGCCGACGCCAUCGCGGCCUUCGUCAAGCCGAUCGAGGCCGCCUGCACGGGCACGGCGGGCGGGCGCACGGGCGUCUUGGUCAACCUCAUCCCCUACAACGCGAACGAGUCCGUCGACCCGUCCUUCGAACCCCCCGCGCCCGACGCCGUCCAGGCCUUCCAGGCGCGGCUCCGGGACCGCGGCGUCUGGUCCUCGAAGCGCGCGGAGCGCGGCGCCGACGACGCCGCGGCCUGCGGCCAGCUCGCGACGGCGUCG